AUGCAUGCCCAACCACCCCAGUUGAUGGAGGCGACGUCGGCCAAGAUAGUGAUGCUGGGCGAAUCCGGCACCGGUAAGAGCUCCAUCGCCCUCCGUUUCACUCGCAACGAGUUCUUAGCGAACCAGGAAACCACCAUCGGCGCCGCUUUUCUCUCCAAAACGGUGGUGGUGUCCCCGCCGCGUGGGGCUGGGGCCGCGCCUGGCGGCGCCGCGACGCACGCCCCCCAGCAGCAGAUGCGUGCCCUCAAGUUUGAAAUCUGGGACACGGCCGGCCAGGAACGUUUUCGCUCCCUCGCCCCCAUCUACUACCGCGGUGCCUGCGGUGCGCUCGUGGUGUACGACAUCACGAACGGCGAGAGCCUCAAGCGGGCGCAGACGUGGGUGAAGGAGCUACGCGCUAACGCCGAUCCCUCGCUGGUGAUAGUGCUGGUGGGCAACAAGAAGGACUUGGAGUCGCUGCGCCAGGUGUCAUUCGAGGACGGGCAGCGCCUCGCUGUCGAGGAGCAGCUUGCCGGCUUCUACGAGACUUCCGCCAAGGACAACAACAACGUGGAGCAGGUGUUUCUUGAUUUAGCAUCGAAGCUGUUGGAUCAGGGUCUGGGCAACCGCGGUGGUGCGGGCGCGCGUGGCGGUGUACUGGCCCCGCGUGGCGAACGCGUUGAGGAGCGGGACCAGGCAGCGGCAGCGAGCUCUUCCGGCUGCUGUUGA